UAGAUUAUUAUUACAUUGUAGUGUAUAUGUUGUAGCCCUGGUUGGCAUAUUGCGUCGUUUCUUACAUGUGCCCCCAUAAUAAUUGAAAGGUGUCCGGUGGUGUCAUGUGACCGGCAGCAUCUCAACCAGGAAGUGAGGAGACAGUGAACACCGAGGAUUGAAGCUGUCAGGAGUUCUGCAGUCAUAAGGGCUUGUAGAGAAAAGCAGGUAUUUUUUUUUUUCAUCUAGCAAUAUUCUACAACAACUUGAAGGCUGUGAGUUCUUUUUGGUAUGGCAGAACUGGAAGGUGCAGAGAAACUACCUUCUGAUGAGCCAACAGUAGUGCCUACAGCAUCUCAGGCACCUACAUCUCAGGAUGAUACUACAGUUGAGACUGCAGAAGAGGCAGUUGAGCCACCAGAAGCUGAUAUCAAUGAGCUCUGCAAGGAUAUGUUCAGUAAAAUGUCAUGUUAUCUCACUGGUGAAUUGGUAGCCACCAGUGAAGACUACAAACUUCUUGAGAAUAUGAAUAAGCUCACAUGUCUGAAGUAUAUGGAGAUGAAAGACAUUUCUACAAAUAUCAGCAGGAAUCUCAAGGAUCUGAACAAAAAGUAUGCAAGCCUUCAGCCAUACCUUGAACAGAUAAAUCAGAUAGAAGAACAAGUAGCAUCAUUGGAAAAUGCAGCUUAUAAGCUCGAUGCAUAUUCAAAACGAUUAGAAGCAAAGUUCAAAAAACUGGAAAAACGGUGAAGAUGUAUUCAGAAGGCAGUGCUUGUCACUUCAAAAAUCCUAAGGCCAAAGGAUAAUAUCGUAUUGUAACAUUUUGUUUCAUUAUCUAUCGUGUACUUUAAAAUGAUUUUUACUAGAAAACUAUUAAAUUUAGGCAUAUUAACAAAAUAA